AUAUAAACAACCAGUAUUAAUAGAGAUUUCUUACUGACAUUUUUCUACUUUUAUUUACAGAUUCAUCCUUUGAUCUUGGACAAUACCGAACCAAUGAUCUACAACGUGCCUACUCCUGUGAGUCUUUUCCAAGUGCCACAGUUGAGAUUUCCAGAAGCACGAAGUGAAGAAGAAGAAGAGGCUAAAAAACAAGUGGAAGUAAAAGAAAUUAUGGAGAAAGCUAAGGUAGAACCCAUGGAGAUACUCAACGAGAUUGCUGAGGACACUGAAGAGGAAUCUGACCACACCGAGGUCAUAGAGAUAGAAGAAGUGUCAAGCACAUCUGAAAGUGAAGCUGAUAACUCUACAGGUAUGUUCUCCCAUUGCCCUUCCAAUAUGAAUCCAAUAUUAAUACUUUCUAAGAGUACCAUGUGCAUUGAUCAUGUAAAUGUGUUUGGUUUUUGCAGAUGCAGAAGGCACAGACAGUUCAGAGACUACGACUGAUGAUUCUGAGUGCCCUUCAGCUGCAGUGAUUAGGGUUGUUGUGAAAUCUACUGCUGGCAUCACCAGCAACGUAGAUAACCCUACUGAUAUUGAGCCAAGUCCUGGGGUAAUACUAAUAAUGGUACAAGAAGCCAAGAAACCUUCAGAUGAGCCCAAACCAUUAUUAUCUGCGAAACAUUUCCUUGCGCCUUCCCCAGGCAGUGAAAGUUCAUUAUCACUAGAGACGGAAUAUCUGCCAGAGGAGUCUCAUAUAAGACAGGAGAGUGAUAAUGAAUUACAGACUGAAUAUCCAUCACAAGAGUCAGAAGAAACGAGUGGAAAUACCUCUGUUUCUCUAUCAAAAUACUUAGAUAUUAGUAUCAAAAGUGUGUCUGAGUAUCUGCCACAGGAAUCGGAUGACUCAAGUAGAAGAUCAGUUAAGCUGAACAGACCAGAAUAUCACAUACCAGCAAACAGUCUGGUCGGUGGCUCUGUUUCUCCAAACAGAGAGCCAGAAAACUCAGAGAAGGAUUAUAUUGAGAAACUUGAAAUCCUUUCUCAGGCUCCACCCAAUUCUGUGAUUUGUGCUCGUCCCUCUCAGAUUGGGGAGAGAUCGGACAGUGAAUGUUCAGAAAAAUUAUCACCAGACUCAAUUGAUUCUCCGACCCCUGCUAUUCCCUCUAUUCCAAUUGAGGAUUUCCAGUUCUGCGAGUGGCUUGGCAGUGGAAGCUUUGGACAAGUCUUUAAGGCAGUACAUAAAAAGUCUGGAAAAACGGUCGCCAUCAAAAAGAUGGAAAAGAAAAAUAUUUUGCAAAGUCAUAUGAUUAACAGACUUUACCUGGAAAGGGACAUAUUAAGGCUGGUGAGGAUUAGAAGGAACCCUUUCCUGGUGAGCUUAUUCUGCUCCUUCCAGAGAGAACACCAUGUAUACAUAGCCAUGGAGUUUGCUGCUGGAGGAAAUUUGGAAUCCCGGUUGAAGAACGGAGCACUGCCCCCAAGCGACACUUUAUUCUAUGCCGCCUGCAUCGUCCUUGGGAUUAAGUUUUUACAUGAAUAUCGCAUUGUCCACCGAGAUUUAAAGCCUGCAAAUAUUGUCCUAGACAGUGAUGGAUAUGCCAAAAUUGCAGAUUUUGGGUUGUGCAAAGCAGGUAUUGGCUACAGAGAUGAAAUGACCUACCCAUGUGGAACGGAGUGUUACUGGGCUCCAGAAAUGUUUGCAGAAAGAAACUACAGGAGAAGCGUGGACUGGUGGGCUUUAGGCAUAAUCAUCUAUAAAAUGGCCGUUGGCUACGUGAGUAUAAAGCCGUCACUAAUAAUCCCAUUAGGUUCUACAAUGCUGUCUAUUUACUUUAUUCUAUUGAAGAGACUCAAAUUGUAAAGAUCUCACUCUGCUCCAUCACCCGCCCAGACCCGCUCCCUGCUUGAAAUAUUGGCUCUGCCGGGUGAAGGAAACAGUGGGCACGGGGGUCCCGAGGGGGUUUGUGGCUGGAGGGGGCACAGAAUACUUUUUGACUGGGGGCCCAGAGGUUUUUUUAUUGGGUUCCUGAAGCAACAGGACCAGUGGUUUCUGGGUCCCCCAGUCCAAUGUUGUGUUCCAGUGAAAUAUUCCAUAAAAUCUCUUUCAAUUUCCCAGACAAAUUGCCAUUAGAAUUUCACUAAUAACAACUCCUGCCCCGGAGUAAUACCGUCGUUCUUUUCUCAGAAUACCCGAGUUCCUGACUUGAUAUCUUUCUAUUUUUGCAGGUGCCUUUUACCGGAAAUAAUUUUAGAGAAUUGCGGGAAAAGGUCUUCCAUGAAGAACCCGAACUUCCAGCCAAUCUGGAUAAUGAAACCAGUAUGGUGAUAAAACUGCUCUUAGACAAAGACUGUAUAAGCCGGCUCGGAUCACUUAGAAACGAUGGAGAAGAAGUGAUGAAUUGUAGCUACUUUGAUCCAAUAAUGUGGGAAGCUCUUAUGGCCAAGCAAGUGCGAGCCCCAUUCAUCCCUAGCCCGGAUGAUACUAGAGAAGAGGACAGUGA